AAGCCAAUGACAUAACAUAACAUAACAUAACAUAACAUAACAUGACAUGACAUGACAUGACAUGACAUGACAUGGAUAAUUGUAAUUGUAUUGACAUGCCAAUCGAAACAUUUCAUGCAAAAAAAAAGGAAAAAAAAAAAAAACAGAGAGGCUGACGGGCUGGCCAAAAUGGCACGUAAAUGGCACGUGUGGUUGGUUCCAGGAAGAGUUCGGCCCGUUCUGCCUGGUGAACUAACUGGAAAGGAAGGGCCCUCUCCACUCUUAUUUCUGGAAUCUCUCCGUCGUCAGCAAACCACAGACAGCAUCAUCGCUGUCUCGUCUUGUCUCGGCUUUCUGCUCGGCCUGUCUCUCCUCCCGUUAUUCUUAGCCCGCCGCCUCCUCUUCCUCCUCAUCCUUCUCCCCCCGUCCCUGGUUGUCUCGGUCUCUCCCUUUCUUUCCCUUUUAAACUACUACUCACUGCAUCGCCCACCCUCACCCAUCGUCUCUCCCUGCCCCUCCUUGGCUCUCCGGACCGCGUCUCAGUUUCUGGUUUACUUACUUGGUCCCCUCACUUUCCCUGUCAUUCUCUCCACGUCUCCAAUUUCUCAACGCGCCUCCCCUCCCCUUCCUCCCACCCUAUAACCUCUUCAUCAGUCUUUGCACCUGGCGAUGUAACGGCCCCCAAUUGGCGAUCUCUACAAUUCUUUCGCACCACCAAAUUUUCGCGUCGGGAAUUGACUACCUCCACCUCCUUUCCCCCCCCCUUUUUACGACCGCGCUCCUCCGCCCAGCGAUCUUGCCCCCACCUCCUUGCGCUGCCAACUUGCCCUGCCUUUCCCCUUCGGCUGGUUCGCGAUGCAAAUUGGCCUGUUCAACGGUGACCUCUUUGCUCAAAAUCCCUAGACGUUGCUGUCGCCAAAGCCGUGAUCGCAAAUCCGACUGAAGCCUUGAUAUACCUCUCGCAGUGGGACGAUCGCCAACUAUAAUCGCGCAGCAUCGGAUGGGUUGCUCAAGCACGCUGCGCUGCAGGAUUACAUAAAGACUAUUCCUGGAAACGUCGUCACCAUGCAUUGGAAAGCACUGCGCCUCGGCACCU